AUGUAAGAAGUCAUUGAAACAGAACCUGCUUAAACACCAUUUGUGGUUACAGAGAAAGACAUAAAUGAAUAAGGGAUAUUUAGCCAAACUUCUAAAGCAUUGGGUUGGUAUUAAUAUUUUCCUGAAUCUCCAAUUGUUGCAAGCCAAUAACUUUCACAUCAUGAUCAACAAAUGUUAUUUAUUGUUAAGCUAUAUGCAUUUCUAGCUUUUUUAUUCAUCAUCCAAUAUUUGAUGGUCAUAAUUUUUUAUUACUCAUUUAAUUUCAGAGAAUCUUUAAUUGAGUAUUAGAAGUUUGGACAUUAUUAAGAAUAUAACUAUACUACUUUAUAUUGGGUUUUUCUAGCACUUACAAUUAUUUUAGGAUUAGUGGCUUAUAUUAUAAAAUAAACAAGAAGAGUAUUUUAUUUAAAUAUUAUAUAUUUUCUAGUAUCCCACAAAUUUGAUUCUAUAUUUCUUAUAUACCUUUGGAAUAGGAUGUGUUUUGGGAGCACCAUAUGCUGCAUAAUUAUAUUAUAAUAAUCACAGUUUGAUGAUAAUCUUAUAUUAAUUUUGUAUGACUAUAUGUACAUUUGGAUCACUUAUUGCAUAUAAAUUUAAGGAUUCUGAAUUCAUGAAUGCAUCAUGUAAAUAUUAAUCAUAUCUUUAGACUUUUUAUUAAUUGCAAUUAUAUUAGAUGUAUUCAUUGUAUUUAUUUUUAUAAUAAUAUAUAUUGACUAUGUUUGGUUAAUAAUUGUCAGUAUAAUCCUUCAUGUAAUAUAUGCAGCACUUCUAUUAUUUGAAAUAAGAUUAAUAUAAAGAGGAAAAGUAUUAAAUAUAAUCAUUUUAGUUUAACCUUCGUUAAGAUGAGUAUAUUUCAGGUGCACUCUUAAUUUACUUAGAGGUUACAAUUUUUCUUUUUUUUCUGGUCCUAUUCUUUUUUAUAUUUCUUUGUGUAGCUUUCUUAGUGAUGAUUGGAUUUCUUAUUGUUAACAGAAAAUGA